AAAUCUGUAAAAUAAUUAUUUUAAUAUUAUAUGAUAAAUACGAUUUAUUAAAUAUUUUAUACUAUCACUCCUAUAUGACAAACUAAUUUAUUGAUUUCUAUGAAAAUUUAUGUGUGUUCUGGUUCUGUAAUUCAAAAUCCAUUGUAAACGCGACCUAAUGAAGCAUCCAAUUGCACGUGCGACGUGCUACUAAUUCGAGAGUGGUGCAUCCAGUUUAAAAUACUGCAAAUGUACAUGAUUUGUAGGUUAUCAAACGUUUUGUAUAUUCGUCCUUAUUUAUAUUUUGUAAAAUCAUUGUUUAUUUGAAGUAAAAGUAUUAUAGAAAAUGGUUGUUUUUACUUGCAACAAUUGUGGUGAAACGCUACAAAAGCCAAAAGUUGCGAAGCAUUAUGAAUUUCAAUGUCGUUCCGCACCCUUUUUAACAUGCGUCGAUUGUUUCAAAGAUUUUCGAGGUGAGGAAUAUGUAGUCCAUACGAAAUGUAAAAGCGAAGCUGAAAGAUAUGGAGGCAAGGAUUAUGUUCCAAAAGCUAAUGCAAAUAAGGGUGAAAAAAAACAACAAGCAUGGAUUAAUGUAGUAAAUAGUCUAUUAAAUAGUGAAACGAACUUAUCAACGGCAGAACGAAACUUUUUAAAUACCUUGUCCAAGUAUGAAAACAUUCCACGUAAAAAAAAUAAAUUUUUAAAUUUCAUAAAAAAUGCAGUGGGUAAUAGAACAAAUCAAUCAGUAGUUAAUUCUGUGUGGGAUAAAAUGGAAACAGCUUUUAAAAAUAGUACACAAAGUACUAAUACACAAAAUGAAAAACAACAGCAGGAAAAUGGUAAAACAAGUGAAAAAGUAAAUAAUGGAGAAGAUGCAAAUACACAUCAAGAAAAUAAUAUAAUUGAAAAUCAGAAUAAUGAAAAUUUAGACAGAGAAAAUCAAAAUGAAGAUCAUUUGAAUAAAAAUGAAGUGAAUGGCAUGGGAAAUGCUGACGCUGAUACUAUUAAUGAUGUUAAGAAAAAAAAAUCGAAAAAGAGAACAGUAUCUGAAAUAGUACAGCAAGCGGAUGAACCUAUUGUCAAGAAGAAAAGUAAACAUGCUGUAGAGGCUAUAGAAGAACCAAUUUCUAAAAAGAAAAAUGAAGAUAUUGUUACGGAUGUUCCUACAAAAAAAAGUGAAGAUGCUUUACUUUCUGAAACAUCAAUCAAUCACUGUGAUGAUACUGUAGAAAAAUCAACCUUCAACUGGAGAGAUACCAUCUUAGAUAUAGUAAAGCAUAAAGGAGAAAUUUCUUUAAAAAAAUUACAGAAAAAAGUACUUUCACGGUAUAUGAACUCAUGUUCAAAUAAUAUAUUGGAAGAAAAAGCAUCUAAUAAAUUCAAUAAAAAAUUGAAAAAGAUAUCAGAAAUAACCAUUUCUGAUGAGAAAGUAACUUUAGCUUAAAUUGAUUGAUGUGUAUACUCGUACAUUUUUUUUCAAAGAAAGUACAAUAUCAUCAGUAAAUGUAAUUUAUAACAUUAACAUACAACAUUAUUGCAAUGAAAAUAUAAAUUACUUUCGCACAAAAUAAAGACUAUAAAAGAAUACUGUUAUGAUCUUUGUCCAUUUUAUGAAUCAAUGUCUGCAACUUAUUUUUAAAUACAUUCAAUUCUUUAUCCUUCUUCCUUUCAAAUUCUAAGCUAGCUUUUAAUUCUUUUACUGUAAAUUCUAUUAAUAAUUCGUGUUAUGACAAUAAUGUGUAAUUGGAGCUCCUACAUAUUCAACACAAGGAUCGUGGAAAAUGAAUAGUAGUGGACGCCGGCGUCAUAGUGAGUAAAAAUACUUACAUGUUCAUUUGAGAAUAGAAUAUUGUGUUUGAAAGUGAUUGUCUGGGAACAAUAACGUUCUAGCUUGCUCUCAAAAUGGAUACAUAGUACUCUGAUUACCGGAGAACUAUCUUCGUAAUUCUAAACAGUUUGAUAUUCUGAAAAUAGCUCUUGCAAGCUUCGGUUAGAAGCAUGUUAUCUCAAAUACAAUAAUUGAAGGAUUAAACGUUCGAUUUAAUUGCAUUUGUCUUUUCGAAUACAGAAAUCAGGAAAAAUUAAUUAGGGCGAAGUUUAAAUGCUUAAGUUUUAGUUAAAUUAAUAAUUUAAAAAAUCAAGUACCAUAAAGUAAGAAAAAUUAAAUAUGUAAAUAUGAUUGCAACAUUAAAAUUACAAAUGUCAUAAGAACUUCGAAAAAAAGAAAAAAAAUACAAAAAGAGCAGCAGUGGAACUGAUGAAAUAAGAACAUCAAAUUAGCCUUAUUCUGGAAUUUUGAAAUUUUUAAUUCCAGCCCAUGCAGUAAAUGCUACAUACACAUUGAUGGUUAUUGUAAGUAAAAACAAUUAAUCUAACUACAUUCAUUCGUACAAAAUUACGAAACUGCUGAACACUUUCAAUCUGAAAUUCCCUGUAAGUGAUGAAUAUGCUUCAUUGUAUCCAUUUACAGUCUAUAGUGAAUCUAUGACUUGAUCUAACAACUUUUCUUUCUACGUUAUUCUUUCCUUUUUCCAAAAAUAUUGUAGACAAUAAUCAAAGACCUAAAUUUUUAUACAUCCCUAAUCACAGUCUCACUUCAUUCCUAGCUUAAAAGAAACUGAAAGAAAUUGUAAAGUGUAGGCACAGAUCAAUUUUCAGUGAACAAGGUUCUGUGAGUUCUAUCGGAUAAUAAGUUCUCGGCAAGUUUCUUAUCGU